ACCAUGGCCUCCAUCCUCGUCCCCGUGGCCUACAUCUUCAUCGUCUUUGGCGGCCUUUUUGUUUUCAGUUAUUUCUACAGGAAACACACCUCCACCCGCGUAUACGAACCCUAUUUCCCUUCCCACCCUGAACGAAAUGCAUAUGUCACUCUUUUACAACAAGACCCACCUGCUUCCGACUCUUUGCUGAAAGCCGCCCUCGUGCGACGUGCCAUGGCCGAUGUGCAGCGGGUCCUGCGCAUCCGCGAAGACAAACCCGCUCUCCAGGCCCUCCUUCAAAAAGGUUCCAUCGGGGACGAUCUCUGGAACAGCUUGCUGGCCGCAGAAAAGGAACUCGAAGCAGAAGUAAUGGAAGUCGUCCAGGAAGCCAACUCUUUCGUCGAGGGAUGGGGUCAGGUUAUCUUCCCCACUGCCAACGAAAUGCUUGCCAACGAAAGAAUGCGCGCUAUCUGGGAGAACACGGAGAAAUUGAAAUCUGAGCUGGAAUUGAAGUACGAUGUCAAGGCCAAGUUCCAACUCACUCCCGUCCAAGGUCCUCCCCCGUCCACACCCACCAAAUCCAACGGUCUAACUCCCCCAACCCCUACUGCUUCUGAACAGUCGAUAACGAGCGACGGUGAGGGAACACCCAAAUCUGCCAAGUCUAAGCGACGAAAGUAGCCUUAGAUCUGUUGUCUGUCCACGUUGAAACUAUUAUAUGAUUCCACGUUAAGGCA